CGCAAAGAUGAAACGUGAAUAUCUCCCCCUUGAAGCUCUACCAGCCUGGGUAAUACUGAAUGGUAUAACGCUCGAUAGCAUCUCAUUUCGACGUUUUAAAUCCGAGUCCGAUGGAGCGGAUAAAGGAGCAGCAGUGGUCGCAAGCGCAGAGAGGAGUAGCAAUGAAGCGGGGAACAGCGAUGGAGCAUUAACACUCAUCCGGGUUCCAUGGGACAUGAUACUUUCACUUGAUGGAGUGGGUACCUAUGCCAAAUCAGAUUGGCAUCUGAGGGAGGUAUUGGAGGCUGUGAAUGAUUUUGGGAAGACAGCCAGAGGCGCGAUAUUAAUCUUCCUCCUUAUCCAACUCACGUCAGGCAGUCCUGAUUUCGCAGAGAAGAAGCGCCAGAAAAUAGGAGUAUCGAAUCCGUGGACCGAGUAUACCAAGUUCCUCCCUUCCUCGAUCCCGUUACCUAGCAUGUAUACCGAUGAAGAGAAAGAGCUUCUACGCGGUACUUCGCUUAGAACGGCUGUGGAAGCUAAAAAUGCAGCUCUGGAACGAGAAUUCGAUCACCUUCGUCAGUGCACGGAGGGUAUACCCUGGUGCCAGGAUUAUUGGUGGGAUGAAGAGACGGGGAAGCUUACGAUUGAUGACUGGAAAUAUGUCGAUGCGAUCUAUCGAUCGCGAAUGGUGGAUUUGCCGGGGAGUGGGCAUUCACUGGUUCCGUGCAUCGAUAUGGUUAAUCAUGCCUCAAGUGAAAGGGUGAAUGCUUUGUAUGACAGGGAUGAAGGGGGGGAUGCAGUUCUACGGUUACGAUUAGGGAAAGAGUUACAGGUUGGAGAGGAGGUUACUAUUUCAUACGGCGAUGAGAAAGCUGCAGCGGAGAUGGUGUUCUCGUAUGGCUUCCUUGAGGAUAGCACAAGGAGUGCCAGGCAGAUAUUUCUUGACCUGGAUAUCUCCAAUGAUGAUCCCUUGAAACUGGUCAAGAAGGCGUUCUGCAAGGAAGUCUCUGGGGUGCGAUUGUCUGUAGAUUCUUCAGAUCCUGAACAUACGCAGUGGGAUAGUCCGUUUAUCUGGUGGGCGUGCGUGAAUGAAGAAGAUGGACUUGAUUUCAGCGUCUUGCAGACGACUGAUGGUGGGAAAGAACUCCGAGCGAUAUGGAAGGGUGAGGAAUUUGGGAACCCUGAAAACUUCAGAGACAAACUAGCUGCGGACCCGCUAUGGGAUGUUUUUCAGCUUCGUGCUGUAGUGAUUCUCCUUGGGCGACUUGAAGCCCAACUGUCAAUUCUUCAACAAACGGAGGAGAUCAUUUCAGACGUGCGCAAGGAUGAGAAUCUACUGAACACGAUAUUCCGACCUGAUGUCUUUGGCACGGUUUCGAGGCUGCGCAAGUUAGAGGCAGAUUUGCUUUUGAAGGGAAUAGACGACCUGGUGCAGUCGGUACGUGGCCUUUCGAUGAACUAAUAACCGGAAAGCUAAUCUCGUUGGCAGAAAAACACUCUCUUGACCUCCGAAACAGUCAGUAAAUAUCUCAGCCGACAAUCGGAAGAAGCAGAGGAUUUCUCGUAGGGCAAGCGUUCCGGAGCCGGCUCUUGAUGAGAGCCUGGAAGUGACUAUUAUUGACAAGGAGAAAUUUUGGGUUCUUCUAAUUCCAGCUCCCGUUAGACGUCACGGUCCAUCUCCAUGUUGGAGCAACAAUACAAUCAUCGCACGAAUGCCGAGUUCGGUAUUGAAAAUCGCGCAAGCACCAAAUUGAAUGCAGAACAGAGCUGCUAAAAAUGGAAAUAAUAAAUGUGCAUACUAUCUGCAUUCACUGCUAGCCCGAGAUUGCCGGCAGAUCCGGCAAGGAGGAUCUUCGGGUUGCCGAGGGAAGCCCACUGUUCCUAGACGUCAGAACUGAAGUUUGUCUACUUAUGGAUAAAACGGUCGGUUCUAUUCUUGGUCUUAGACUCAAAGGGAAUGAUAGGGUUAUUUGAUUGAGGGACAAGGACAAGAGACAAGAAAUGUCCGAGUACUCUAGGGAGUUCUGAACCAGGUGUUCACUGGGCUCCAUCGGCAGGGGAUGAUCUGCAGCAGCUGCAUAUCAGUGCGUAUCAGAUAGUAAGAAACCUGGAUGGACACUGGACAGUAGACGGAAUGUAUGUAUUUGGUCGGUGUCUGAGUUCAAGGAAUGUCUUGCGGGCGUUCUAGAUGUCCUUGAAAAGGUGAAACGGGUCUUAUCUGUGAUGUCAGUCGGUGUAGGAAGGGUAGUGGGCCCGAUCUUCCAACGAAAAACACCCGAUUCUCAGCUCGUGGUUUUCUCGGCGAAAAGUCGCAUAAUGCGUCUGGUCGGCGUUUAAUCUGAUACUUUACUAUUACCAUUAUUCUGUACUAAAUACAAAUAUAGCAAUAUAAUGUAGGGAGUUU